AUGUCCGAACAUGAAGAUAUCCUUUGUGACGCGGAUGCUGCCUUUACUCGCUUGCAGGUUCCUCCAUUUGUUGUUGAACAGUUCUUUUAUAUGAUCAGCAACGACGACGGCGAAGUGGCUUUGCAGCCAUUGGCACUUUUUCUUGAUUUUCAGGUGUCCUUGGGACGAAUGCUUGUGGACGAGCGCGACGAGGCAGUUGAACACGGGCGCAGGGUUGUGUUACUUCCCGUGGACGCAGUGCGUGUGUACUGGAGCAAUUAUCGCCUCCCUGUGCGACGCACUGUUGUGCCAAAUAUACUGGCAGGUAUUGACACCAAGGGAUCAGAUGAGAUCUCAAGUCUUUCUGGUAAUGGCAAUGGUAGUGGUAUUGCUGGUUUGCAGGCUGGGGAUAGCAAGACAAAUGCAACAAAUGCUGGCGUCGCAGUCCAGGUUGCCAAUGCGAAGGAGACAAAGGAGGAAAAGAGCACUGACAUUGAGGAUGUUGAGCUAUCCAUGGAAGAGAAUAGCAAUACGGUAUUGACAAGCAGUGUGGGAUCCCCAAUGGAGGAAUCUAGUGGCAGAUUGGUUCGGGUCUCCAGGGCUGCAGUUGCAAAUGCUGUUGUGGUUGAUGUUGCAGAAGAGGGGUCCUCCAUGGACAAAGGGACUCCAAACUCGGUGCAAAUGGAAGACGCGAGCAGUGGUAGUGUGGGAGGAGCCAACACUAGUAGAACUGAUAAUGUUGUGGAUGCUGUUGCAGAAGAGGGGUCCUCCAUGGAUGAAGGGACUCCAAACUCAGUGGAAAUGGAAGACACAAGCAGUGUUAGUGUGGCUCACUACCAAUGCUGA